AUGGAAAGUAUGCCCAAAGCUGCAGAAGAAAAGGACGCCCUGAAAAUUAGCCUAGAGAAGUCUGUUCUGGAAGAAACCAAGGAACAAGAUAUUGCCAGAUGCCAGAGCAUCCUUUAUAAGAUUUUUCCAGAGAAAAGAGAAAUUGAGCCAUUGGAUUCAGACCCUGAAGAAGUCCCAGAAAAUAGCAAACUUUACAUUAAUUCCAGGAAUCUUAAAGAUGCGAAGCUUGCCCAAAGUUUUAAGUGCCUCAAGUUCUUUGAUACAAACUUUGCUGGUUUUUACGGUGUAGAUUCUAAAAAUAGGCACUUUUGAGAUUUCUUAGAAUCCUCAUUCCCAGAUAAAAUUAGUGGGCUCUAUUUUAACUCCUCUAAUAACAUGGAUCUGAAGAGGUCCAAUUACUUAAACUCCUUAGUCAGGAUCAGUUCUAAAGUCCUCCAAGAAGCUACAUUUAAUUCUUUCUGCAUCAGCCUCUCCUCCCUGAAGAGGAUGGUGGCAGCUUACAAACAUGUCAGAGUGUUGGGAUUGUACUAUUUCAAGUUAUCAAUCUCAAGUGCUCCUGAUUUUUCAAAGGCUCUUUCUAACUGCCAGAUCCAGGAACUAGAAUUAUAUGGAUCCGGAUACUCUGAUAGAAGUGACUGGAAGCACAACUUUGACAAAUUCAAGAAUUUGGUCCAAGGAUUAGCAAGUUCUCCAGAUUUAAGGUUGAGUCUCAAAGAGGUAGACAUCACACACUGCGGAAUAAACCAGGAUGAAGUUGAGCAAACUUUUGAAGAAAACCGACUUGGAGGAGUUAAAAUAACUGGUGGAAAAUAACUUUGGCAAA